AUGCAGCUUGUGACUGUUGUCUGGUUAUUCGCGUUUCUUCACUGCUGGACAAGAUUAGGCGGUGUUGCGCAAACGUCCGACACAUCAUGUCAUUUGCAGCUGGAGUGCACCGGAACUACCGAGACAGGGCCAGGGCGUGUGAGGAUACCUGUCCGAUCUGCUCGGGGCCCCAUAGGACCUACGGGAGAACGAGGCCUGACCGGACCUCCUGGACCUCAAGGACCAGCAGGCUUAGUAACUUCGAGUCGGACGGUCGGCAUACCAAGUGAAUAUCAAAUAGCAUUCUACGCUGGGCUGACUGAGAGCAUUGAAGCGAAGCCCACCACAAAAGAUUGUCCACUUAUUUUCGAUGCUGUCGUACUCAACCUUGGAGGAGGAUACAAUGCAACAGCCGGCCAGUUCACUGCUCCCGUAGCUGGCGUGUACGUGUUUGUCUUGGUCCUGUCCGCACAGAGUUACGAAAAGGCCGGUGCAAAGCUUAUACACAACGGUACACCCGUACUUCUCUCCUGGUGUGAAAGCACAUUCUGGGCCACGGUGACCAACCAGGUAAUUCUAAAACUGGAUAAAGGAGACAAGGUAUGGCUUCAGUGUCGGGAAGAGGCCUACCGCUUGCACGGACAUAUGUACAGCAAUUUAUCCGGCUACCUUAUCUAUCCAGCUACAAAUUAGCUUCCAGGGUAGCAGAAGUCGAAAGUUAAAACACAAGCUGCCAGUUAAAGGUCAACACACAAGUUUUACUACUGUCAUUUUUAUAUAUUAUAAAGUCGGCGUUUGUGAAAGUCUAAUCCAAGAGUGCCAGAAUGGCAUGUCCCUCCUAAUGACAAAGCAAUAAAGGUCAAUGUACAGCUGACAAUCUUCCUCUGUUUGCACCGCGUGAUCACACGACAUUACAAGUAGACUCAACGAACUACAGAAAUCUUAAAAUUUUGAGCGUGUUGUGUUCAGUAGGACCCCU